UUUUGAUAAGACCACGUAUCCACAUGUAACUAUCGAACAAACGAACGUGUUGUCACACCUAUCAAUGGUUUUAACUAUUUUUCAAUAGUAUUCCCAUUCUGGAUAAUAGGAUCAUUUCGUGCCGGAUGUUCAUACGAAUUGAUAAUCUAAUUGUAUUAUCAAAUAUAUGUAUGUUAUAAAGAAAAUAAUCCAAAUUGAAUUUGUUAGAUAACUAUCUUUCAAAUGAUUAAUACGUAAAAACGUGUUAAUUGGCAAGCCUUUUAAAAAACAUGUCGAAAACUUACAAGAUCUCAAGUGUUACAGAUAAUCCUUUACGAAGACAAGCGUUCGUUUACAGAAAAUCAAAAUAUCACGAUAACGAAAAAUGUACAACGGGUAUAGUCUCGGCAAACUUAAAAAAAUCUAAUAUAUUAGGAGAACGGGGAGCAGUUAAGGUACGAACUGAAAAUGGAAAGCAGAAACAGGAUACCGCUUUUAUCGGAUCAAAAAGACCAGUUAUUAUUACAAGCAAAGAGUAUAAGGAAUUUAAAGAGCAUGGUCGUUAUUUAACUGAAGAAGAGAAACAAGCGGCUAUUACAGCAGUAGAAGAGGAAAAACAGAAACUAAUCAAAGAUAGCAUGAUACGUAAAGAACUUUUUCAUAAAAUGGACCUGACAAAAACACGCGAAAAAGACAAAAUGUUAAAUGAGAUAGAGGAAGAAGCCAAAAAAAGGACCAUGCAUUUGCUUGAAAGAGCUUACAAUUUAAAGCUCGAGCAGGAAGAGGAAAUUCAAAAGUAUAAUCGGCUUAUCUUAGAAACUAAAUGUAGAGUCAUAAGAGAUAUGCAGAUGGCUGAAAAGAAAUUAAUCAAACAAGAAUUAGCCGAAGAAGAGAAGCGUUUAAAUGAUAUGAUGGAAAAUGAAAGAAGAUGGGCCAUUAAAGAGGAUUUAAAGAAGGAAGAAGAAGAAAUUUAUAAGAAACAAGUAUUUGCUAAGAUUUUAAAGGAUCAAAUUACGGAGAACGAAGAACAACGAAUACUUGAAUUUGAAAGAAAACAAGAGGAGAGCCAGCUAAUUAAUAUGAAUAACAUAACUUGGCAACUAGCAGAAAUGGAAAAGUUACAUCGCAAAGAAGCUGAAGGUGCUAAAAUUCGUCGAGAUCUAGCAGAAGUGAAUGAACAAUUGAAACAUUUCAAAGCUAUGGAAGAAGAAGAAAAUAAAAUAAUAGAUUUAAGGAUAAAAGAAUAUCAAAAAUUUCAAGAAGAAAGAAAUAUUCAAUUAAGUGAAAAGCAAAGAUUGGAAAAUUUAAGUAAAGAACAAGAAAAAGAAAGGCUAGCUGUACAGGCAAAGCACACGCAAGAUCUUCAAAUACAAAUUGAUGCAAUAAAUGCAGACCGCGUUCAAGAAGAAGUAGAAAGAGAAUGGAGACGAAAAGAAAAGGAGGAAGCUCUGAAAAAGAUAGAAACCAUAAUGGAUCUUAAAAAAGGAAGAGAAGAGCAAAUAAAAAACAAAAGAUCGAUGCAAGCGAUUGAAAUUGACAGAGAAAAACGUGAAUUUGAAAGAAUUCUACGUGUGCAAAAGGAGGCAUUUUGCCGCGAUAAAAAGAACCGCGAGAAGAAACACCAAGAAGCUCUUAAUCAUCGUAACGAGAUAUUAAAGCAGGUGAACGAAAAGGAAAGAGAACGCAUUCGAGCGAGGCAAAAGAUGUUUGAAGAAGGAUUGGCAAUUCGUGCGGAAGCUGCUAUGCGUAAAAAAAAGUUACAAGAAGCUAUGGAACGAAAAUGUAAUGAAAUGAGAGAGAACAAGGUACCCGAAAUAUACGUUAAUGAAGUUAAACGCAUGAUCGAAAAUAUUAAAUAA